GUGAUGUGGAGAGGAGGACUGAUGCUGCAGCUCACGCCCUCUGACAACAAACCAAACAGGAACAAGGAAGUUGUUGCACCUGUUGCUGCCUCUGACAAACUUUUAAUUCCAGUGGCCUCGAUCUUUGCUGCAGGUGUUCAGAGGCUCCAUCAUGGCAGAGGCGUCCAGUGAAGAGCAGCAGCAGCCGCUCACCUUCCCCUCCAGCGGCCCGGAGGACGGUCAGGCUGCUGCCCGGACAGAGAGCACCGAGGAGCGGGGAGAGAAGGGAGAAGCGGCCCGGGCUGAGAGCACCGAGGAGCCGGGAGAGAAGGGAGAAGCGGCCCGGACAGAGAGCACNGAGGAGCCGGGAGAGAAGGGAGAAGCGGCCCGGACAGAGAGCACCGAGGAGCGAGUCGAGGCGGGAGAAGCGGCCCGGGCAGAGAGCACCGAGGAGCGGGCAGCAGGAGUGGAUCUCUCGGCCAAUCACGAUCCCAUCUCAGUGACCUUAGCUCCGGACCAGUUCAGACGGAGGAAGUUCUUCGUGUUGAGGCCUGGCACUCUGAAUCAGGCCAUCAAAGAUGUUGAAGCUCUGGUGGAUAAAGAAAUAGAUGGCAGCAUUCACAGCAUCUGGCUGAUGGCAGAGGUUGAUCACUGGAACAAUGAGAAGGAGCGUCUUGUUCUCAUAACAGUCAACUCUCUCCUGAUCUUCAAGUACGACUUUGUCAUGUUAAAAUGUGACCAGAUCCAGAGGAUCCCGCUGAACUUCGUGGACCGCAUCUCUCACGGCACCUUCAGCUUCCCAAAGCGCUCCAUACUCAGGAGAGAAGGGGAGGGGGUGCGAGUCUUCUGGGACCGGCUGAGAGAGCCCUCCUUCACCUCCAGGUGGAACCCCUUUGCCACUGACUACCCUUUCAACACCUUCACCUACCACCCUGUGAGGAACACAGAUGACAUGUUUACUGCGCUCUGCGACAUCCACAACUUUCGUGUGCAGCUCCUGCAUGCAGCACAGAAAGCCCAUGCCAUAAAGCCCGUUCCUGGGAAGGCCAAUGGUGUCCUGGUCUUGAAUCAGCACAUCCACAUUGAGGCCUAUGUCGGCCUUAUGUCUUUACUGGGAAACCAGAACAAACUGGGCUACUGCAUGGCUCGAGGAAAUAUUGGCUUCUAAACAUAAUCAUAUAAUUUAUUGCUGUUUUGAAUUCACGUUGAUACUUUCGUUUACAGAGAAUUAAUUAUUCUUGAAGGAUUGACCAAAGAUUUUUUUCUGUAUUCAAGUUUGCUUUUGUUUCACGUUGAAGCCUGGCUUCUCAGGAUGAGGUGUAUGAGGUAUAAACAACUGUGUGAUCUCCCCCACUGCUUAUUACCAGUGUGUGGUGUCUGAGCACUCACAAAUAUCCACAUUUCAACACCGCUCUUCACUGGAUGACGGAUCUCCCGCUGCUCUCAAGGAGCUUUGUAUUUGCUCCUCAGUGAUAUGGUAAUUCAACUCUUUUGCAACGGGACUCCUUUCUUCCUCCCCCAGUGUCUCUGCUAAAAGCUCAUUCCCAUGCCAUUCAGCCCCUUAGAGAUUCACUGGAGCACGAGGGCACAUUUGUCAGUUUAUCAUUUGUCGUGUAUUUUUACAGUGCACACAGUGCUGGAAUUUCCCUUUGAUUUGUGUGUUUACUGUGUGUCAUUCUGCCUUGUUUAGUAUCAUGUGUUUGUCUUGUAAGCCUGCCCCUGACAUGAAAACAUAAGCCGACAUAUUUUGUUCUCUUGUUCCUUUUUUUGUUAUAAAAAGAUGUGCUGUUUUUGUAUGCAGGUUCCUAUGCGCUUGAUUAGUGUAUUAUUACAUUAAUACCUUGUUCUUACAAAAGAAGAAUUCAUACUAGUUGAAAUGUUAACCUGCCGGUGACCUUUGACCCUUCUGCAAGGCCACAAUUUGUGACCAUACAAAGAGUAUCCAUACCUGACCUGAGUAACAUCAUCACUUAUGUAGAGUUAUUGUAUUAUAUUAACAGUUUGUCCUGGUUGGUAUGGUCACAUGUAGUUACUACCUUCUUUGUUUAGUGGUUUUAAUAUGAAGCAGCAGCAGUAGAACAUGUUGAGUUUGCAUUAGCAGUAUUUUAACAGUUCUUAUAACCAUCAAUGUGAUAAGAUCUACGUAAAAUAACAGAAAUUGUCUUUGAGAAAAAUGCAUUCAGUGUUUACUUUGACUUUGUAGUUUGGCCUAUCUACUAACAUGGUGGAGGCGGGAUUGAUAUGGCAGCCAGCCACCAGGGGACAAACAAGACCCUUUAGCUUUAGUUUUGGGGAGCAGUCAUGGCGUCCAUCUAUACAGUCUAUGAAUAUGUAUUAUCAGAAUCAGAAUCAGAAGUACUUGUAGGGAAAUUCAAAUGUUACAGAGCCCCUGAGAAAGAGGUUAAAGAGCAAAAGCAGGUAUAAACAUAGCCGUAUAAAAUAUAAAAUCUGUUUACGCUGUAAACCCUCCUUCCUUAACCUCGCACAGAUCAUUGGAGUUGUGAAAGUCCUCUCAUCCAUCAUGUCUCAGCAUGAAAUGGAUCAUGUGUAUGUCAAAUGACUCUAAAUAAGAUAAUGUGAUUAUACUUCUGCCUUCUCAAGUCGUGUCUUAAGGGACCUAAAGAAGUGACCUUAGUUUGUCAGAUCAUUUGAUGUGCUGAUGCAGGACUUAAAGAGUUCCACUUGGCUCUCUCUCUGCUUUGAGACAGACAAGGUUCACAGCCACCUCCAUCAUUAACUGAUAUUCGACUUCAUGUCUGAGGGAGUACUGAGCCUCACAGCUUUUUAGAUUAUUCAUCAUUUCAUCAUCAGUAACUGAAUCAAUAAAGAAGCAAAAUACGCCACUGAACAUUAUCCAAGGUUCAUUUUUCAAGUCAUCCUCUAAUCCCUGGUAGGAGGCAGCGGUGAUCAUAUUAAGAUGUUGUAGAUGUGACUGUGUUUCUAUGUAAUGUAAUGAUCUCACAGCAGUCAGUAUAGUGAAGGAAUAACUGGAAGUUGGUAUGUUGGGGUUAUAGAUAAGGUGCAUAGAAAGGUAAUCAGGAUUUUUAAACUUGGUGCCAUUACAUUUAAGUGUUUAUCUGGUGAUUAUUUUCCUUUCUUUAACUUUGGGAGGGGGUGUUUUUCAACAUGGUAAUUUCUCUCUUGAUUAAAUUAAUCUGACAUGUUAAGGGGACUGAUGAGUUAUAU